UCUUACAUCCAAACUUAUUCUAAUAAUAAUAUGGACUCCUCUCCUCCAGACCACUUUUCAUCACCCUCGUCGCAACCCACCUUGAAACAGAUCCCUGGUAGCUAUGGUUUGCCGUUUUUCGGUCCCAUUAAGGACCGUUACGACUACUUUUACAACCAAGGCAAAGACGAGUUCUUUAGAUCUAGAAUCCAAAAAUAUAAUUCAACUGUUUUCCGUACUAAUAUGCCCCCGGGUCCAUUUAUUUCUUCAAACUCUAAAGUUGUCGCGGUACUUGAUUCCAAAAGCUUUACUGUUUUAUUCGAUAGCGCUAAGGUUGAAAAAAAGGAUAUAUUAGACGGCACUUACAUGCCUUCUUUGUCUUUCUUUGGAGGGUAUCGAGUUUGUGCUUUUUUAGACACAAAAGAAGCCAAUCAUCAUGCUUUGAAGUCAUUUUUCUUAUCGUUUUUGGCUUCUUCACAUAAGAAAUUCAUUCCGUACCUUCGGACUAGCUUGUCCGAGCUAUUUGAGAAUCUAGAAAGUGAUAUUUCAGAAAAGAAAUCAGCCGAUUUCAAUACGAUUAGUGAUAAUAUGGCGUUUGAUUUUGUGUUCAAGCUAGUAACCGGAGUAUUACCAUCAGAAACGAAAAUUAAAGCCAAAGGUCCAACAACCGUCAACACAUGGCUAGCCCUUCAACUAGCCCCCUUAGGAACCGCGGGACUAAAAUACGUCCCUAACUUCAUUGAUGAUAUCAUCCACACUGUUAGACUACCCUUUUUUGUAGUCAAGUCCGGAUACAAGAAGUUAUAUAAGUCUAUUUAUGAUUCAGCUACGUCAUUACUUGACGCAGCUGAGAAAUCUGGAAUCAAAAGAGAUGAAGCGUGUCACAACUUACUUUUCCUAGCUGCUUUUAACGCUUUUGGGGGAAUGAAAGUUUUGUUCCCAUCUUUAAUAAAAUGGAUUGCAUCCGGUGGUGAGAGUUUACACAAUAAACUCUCAACAGAGAUCCGAUCUGUUAUAAAAGAAGAAGGUGAUGUCACCUUCUCCGCUUUGGAGAAAAUGCAGCUGACUAAGUCAGCUGUAUAUGAAGCACUAAGAAUAGAACCCCCUGUGCCGUUUCAGUAUGCAACGGCUAGAGAGGAUCUUAUCAUUGAAAGUCAUGACGCCGCAUUUCAAAUUAAAAAGGGUGAGACUAUUUUCGGGUACCAGCCUCUUGCAACAAAGGACCCAAAAGUGUUUGACAACCCUGAAGAGUUUAUCGCGGAUAGGUUCGUUGGAGAUGGGGAGAAGCUCAUUAAGUAUGUGUAUUGGUCGAAUGCUCAUGAGACCGAAAGUCCAUCCCCGGAUAACAAGCAAUGUCCGGCUAAAGAUCUAGUGGUAUUGUGUUGUAGGAUGAUGUUGGUGGAGCUUUUUCUCCGGUAUGAUACUUUCACGGCUGAUAUUGGGCAGUUGGCACUUGGCACUUCUAUCACGAUCACUUCGUUAACUAAAGGGACUUGAUUCAAUUCUUGUCUUGUUUUAAUUUAUGUAUGUUACAGGCGCGCAGUUAUAUUUGAUUUACUCUAUUUCAAUUCUUUUCGUUGGUGUGAUGAUAUCUUCUUUAUGUAUAUUGUUUUGUGUUAAACCAAGUCAACUACGACUAUUUUAUGUGAUUAUUCUAUAUGUGUAUAUGUAUUAGUUGGAA